CAGGCAUUUCUCACUGUAAUUUGUGUAUUGGUUUUAUACACGCUUUCAAAGAUUAUGAGAUACCUCACUGGCGACGUAUUGUCACCAAACUCAGCAGGUUCAAACCGACGUCGACUUGGUCAUCUUGAAGAAUUGCUGGAUAUUACUUCAAAUGAAAAAUCUGGUACAACGAAUAUAUGUGCAUCGAUAUCAAUAACAUCAAAGCAGAGCCUGAUGCACCAGCUUGUCUAUGACGCUCUGGUGCUAUUAUCCAAACGACAGCCGAUGCUUCGAGCAGUGAUAGCAACUAUGGCGAACGGAGAUAGAUAUUUCGAAAUCAAGGAAAUCAACGAAGUGAUGAAAAUGUUUGACAUUACUACUUCCGAUGUAAAGGGUUCGGACUGGCAAAGUGUCUGGUUUGAAUAUACAGCAAAACCGAGAGGAAAUGGUCUGUUAUGGCGAGUCGUAAUAUUACAAAAGGAAUUCAUGCAGGACACUAAAGAUUAUGUAAAUACCUUAAUGUUUAACUUCAACCAUGCCUGUAUUGACGGCGUGUCCUCUGUGAAGUUUUGCGAGCAAUUUCUUAAUUAUAUGAAUGAACUUGCAAUCGGUACUAGCUCUGCUGACGAACAAAUCUGCAGUUUAGAUCUCCUGCCAUAUUACCACGAGAUUGUCACACGGGGACGCAUUUGGCAUUCAUUGUUUAAUUUUGUACUGGCUUACUGUGGCCUACGACCGAUCAUGAAAUUUUGUACAGUAAAAAUGUUGAAUCGUCUUGUACAAAAGAUGCCGAAUAAUCCGUAUCAUGCAAAGUUUUCACGAAAAUUAGAAGUGUCUACUGUCGUACCAUGUCGACUGAGUGUAAAGGUUUUUACUGAGAAAGAAACGAAGGAUAUUAUACAGGCCUGCAAAUCGAAUGUUUGCACAGUAACAGGUGCUAUCGCAGCUGCAGCGCAUUUAGCUUUUUGUGAGGUUAUAGGUCCGGAUCAAUCAAAUUCUGCAAUGGAGUUAGGAACGCCGUUUGCGAUCGAUGCACAACGCUUCUGUGAUCCGAAACCGCACAAAGAAUACCUUGGAUAUUUUGUGUAUACGUGUGAAAAUAUUUACACGGAGUAUCUGACUGUCGAUACUGCUGACUUCUGGAAAUUAGCCCAAGAAACUACGCAGCAAAUAAAGGAUUUUGUUAAGAAAGAAGCAUAUGUAUCCGAAGCGACGGUUGUGACUGGACUACUAGAACCAAGAGAACUACUCGAUCUGUGGGUCAGUGAUGAUUUAUUUGUGAAAGGCGGCUGCAAUGUGAUAUCAAGUCUUGGACGUUUCAAUUUCGGCAAUCAUCAGCCGGAGACGUAUAUACUAGACGAAUGUUUUAUUAAUUCUCUUGGUCAUGGUUUGGUUUAUACAUUUUGUCAUUUUAUCCACACUGUUAAUGGUAAAAUGACCUGGCAAAUUACCUCGACUGAUGCAGUACAUACGAAGCACGCGGAGAAAUUUGCCGAUCUUUGCUUCAGUAUGCUGAGAUUAUUAAUAUCCCCAGUUAAUAAUUUUCAUUAUGGUAAAUAGAAAAAUUUUAACAGUGACACGCUGACAUUAUACAGGCGCUAGUUGUAUAAAUUAGUUGCAUCAGAGACAGGCAAGAGAGACACGCGAGAGUAGCCUACAUGUCGUUACAGAGAAUAAAGAAAAGUUUGAUCUUUAAUUGAGUCCUACGGGGAUAUACCUUUCAGGUACAGAAGUUUAAUAUUAUUGGGGUUUUUCGUAUUUUAGUAGUAUUUUGUUAUUACUGUAGUUAACUUUAUCAUGUUCUGUUGCGAAAAUAUAAUUGGAAUGAAUGUGC